AUGAUGAAAAUGGGAAACCAUUUUAAAUCUGCUAAUUUAGGUGUCACUGGUGGAUUUGGUAAAAUAACACCUCCAAAGACAUCAACAUCAUCAUCAAAUUCAUCCACUGCCACUACAACUGCGGGUACAACAGCUGCUGUUAUUGGUGCCACUACAACAUCAAAAGAAUCAACAUAUCCAAAAGAUUGUCCACCAGAUGUUAAUGAAUUAGGUCGUUCAACAUGGACUUUCUUACAUUCAUUAGCUGCAACAUAUCCUCCAAAACCUAAUGAAACACAACAAAAUGAUAUGUUACAAUUUUUAAAUAUUUUUUCCAAGAUUUAUCCAUGUUGGUGGUGUGCUGAAGGUUUUCAAAGUUUUAUGGAAAAACCUGAAACAAAACCAAAAGUCACAACACAAGAAGAAUUUGGGAAAUGGUUAUGUGAUGCUCAUAAUGAAGUUAAUGAAAGAGUUGGAAAACCAAAAUUUGAUUGUAAUCUUUGGAAACAAAGAUGGAAAGAUGGUUGGGAAGAUGGUUCUUGUGAUUAG